CAAAAUGUUUAGCUACUUGAAGACCAUACUUACUCCUGCUUUCAUGAAGCCACUGGAAAGUGUUGAUGUGAAUUUUUCUAAACAGGAUUCUACUGAGACUACCGCCACUCAGAAUGAAGAGCCACCCAAAGAAACUAAGCCUAAAUGUAGUAGGAAAGUAUUCAGCAAGGCUGCUAUCCCACCACCAAGCAUCAGCAAUGGUGCAGUUUCUGGUACCAAUCCAUCUAGUAGUGACCAUCAGUCCCAACUCCUGAAACCUGGGCAGGAGAACUAUUCAAUUGGACUCAUCCAAUUGUUUAAAAAUUUGCUGGAACAUGAAAGAUUGAUAGAUCUCAAUGGAUCCCUCGUCAUCGACAUUUUGCAUAACCUAUCUUCUCAAUCCAGAGAGGAAAUAGAGUCCGUUGGUGGCUUUGCCCAAUUUAUGCGCCUACAUCCCUCCUUCAAAGUUAUCAAUAACAGAUAUUUAGGCUUAAAGGAUUCAACUAGUAAUCCUACAGUAAGAAAACCUUUUUCCUGGGAAAAUGGAAAGAAAAAAACUGAAAUUAAUGACUUUGUUGACUCGCAAAAGCCAUUGCACUUAGUAAACACAAAAAAAACUCUCGCCUUGAACCCAGCAGCAGCAGAGUUCUUUCCAAGAAAAAACGUUAUAAAUGGAGGCUGCAGUGAUACAUUUCUGGUUGACUCCUUUGAUCUAACUGAGAAAUAUGCUGACUCAAAUGAUUUCACUUUCACGACGGAUGACAUUCCGAAGUCAACAGUCAUUGCUGACACAAAAAAGCCUGUGCCCUUAAACCCAUCAGCAAUAGAGUUCAUUCCUAAACAUGGGAAUGAAGUGAAAGAUGCUGACUUAAAUGAUGCUGAGAAUCAGAAGUCAUUACCCUUACCUGACACACAAAAGCAUCUCACCUUAAACCCUUCCGCGAAGGAGUUCUUUCCUUCAAAUCUCCAUGUUGAAAAGGGAUACUGCAAUAAGUUGGAUAUAUUUGAUCUUCCAUCUUGUGCCCUGACAGAGAAUGGUUACAGCGAUGAGGCUAAUAAUGACUUCACCUCUUUGGGCAGGAGGUUGCCAAAGCUACUAGAUAAACUGAAACCUGAAUUAUCUACGAAGGCGUUCCACCAUUCACUUGAUGAGAUAACUUUGACAAAUUCAGCAAAUUCUUCGAAAGUAUCUUCAGUUGAAUCCAUAUGUAUAGAUGAAGAAGAGGAGUUUGUAACUUCUAAUAUGGUUCCCCAGCAAUCCGACACUUCUGAUUUGGCAGACGAUAGAUCAAUAUCACCUGCCUCCUCGUCCAGGGACAAAAAGAGCAACUUGACAACUCGGCUUGCCUGCAGGUUUUACAGUCGAGGUCAUAGAUUAGCCCUUCAAGUUCUACAACUACAACUUUCAAAAGAAAAAGUUUGUUGAUGGCAUUUUGACUGUACAGAGUCCUUAUCACUGGCAGAUUUAAUUUCUAAUUAAAUGUCUGGAAAAAAUAUGUAAACCUUUAUUACAUUUAAAAACACUAUUUUAAGUGCUAAUUUCUAUCUUCAAAUCAUGAUUAAAUAAUACCGAUUAUUCACUACUUUAGUCUCUUCAAACAAUCAGUUUUAUUUUAUUGAAAAGACUUAGUUCAUUCCUUAUGAGAUGUCACUUUCUUUGAGUCAUUUAUUGAUUUCUCUAAAAAAUAAUUUCCCCUAAAAAAUAAUUUUCCA